AUGAACAUAUCAGCUCCGCUCUGUGCUCCAACCGCAGACGCUGCCUUCGGCCCUGUUGUCGACGCGGCAUGUCGCGGCGGUUUCGAUUUCACCCUCGUCUUUGAGCAGUCUAUCUUUGUCCUUCUUCCCGCGUCGCUGCUCAUUCUCGUGGCUCCGCUGCGACUCAUUCAGCUGCGUAAGGCGUCGGUCAAAGUCACCGAUCAUGUGUCGCGUGCGAUCAAACUGGCUGUCACGGCUUGCCUCGCAGCUCUUCAACUGGUCUUGAUUGCCCUCUGGGCUACUCACAACGGCCCUGCGCGUCUGAACGGCGUGUCUAUUGCUGCUGCAAGUGUCUCCUUUGCCUCGAGUCUCAUGUCCUGUGCCCUCUCGUAUUAUGAACAUGCCCGUUCCCUUGCCCCCUCGUCGCUGCUGAAUGUCUUCCUGCUCGUAUCUCUGCUGCUCGAUGCCGCCGUUUUACGAACCGUGUGGCUCUCCCUCUCCAGGGCAGCCGUCAGCACGGCCAUUCAGGCUGUUCUCACGGCUUCGUUUGGCCUCAAGGCGGCGCUACUCGUGCUCGAGGCAAGAGAAAAGUCUGGCCAUGUUGUGGGCCGGCAGUCUCUGGCUCCUGAGGAGACGUCUGGUUUAUAUAACCGCGCUGUCUUUGCUUGGGUUGCUCCGCUUCUCCGGACCGGAUUCAAGCGUCUGCUUCAGCCGGCCGACUUGUUUCCUCUGGACGAGAAGAUGGGCGUUUCGGGACUGAACGAGAGAUUUUGGUGGCACUGGCGAAAAGCAUCUCCCUCCACCCAGGCGAGCAAGCAUCGCCUCAUAUUCUGCUGCAUCAUUACCCUCCGCUCUGCUCUCAUUUCCGUCAUUGUUCCGCGGUUGGCCCUCCUUGCCUUUACCAUCUGCCAGCCCCUGGUGCUGACGCGCUUUCUCGGCUUCCUCAACGACGAGACGCAGCCGGACAGCAUUGGCUACGGGCUCGUCGGGGCCUAUGGACUCGUGUACCUGGGCAUUGCGGCCACGCAGGCGCUUUACUGGCAUCAGAAUGGGCGGUGCGUGACGAUGCUAAGGGGGAUCCUUGUUUCGGCCGUGUUUACAAAGGUUACGGAUGUGAGUGUUGUUGCGACUGAUGAUUCUGCUGCGUUGACUCUCAUGUCUUCUGAUGUCGAUGUCAUUGGUCGUGCUAUGAGAGAAAUCCACGAGUUCUGGGCAAACGUCUUCCAGAUUGGUAUUGCAACGUGGCUCUUGAGCAAGCAGAUUGGAUAUGCCGCAGCAGGGCCCAUCAUCGUCUCCGUUCUUUCGCUCGUGGCGACCAUGUUUGUUUCGCCGCUGGCGGGCAAGUACCAGGUUGGCUGGCUUGAGAAGACUCAGAGGCGAGUCGGUAUAACGUCUGCCAUGAUCGGCCACAUCAAAAGCAUCAAAAUGUCCGGCCUAUCAAAGCACCUGUCGGCAACCAUCGCCUCUCUCCGUGCCCAAGAGAUUUCCGCUUCCAAGCCCUUCAGAGUCGUGGGAGCAGUAACCUCAUCCGUGGCCCAAAUUCCGCUGCUUCUCUCGCCGGUCCUGGCCUUUGCCAUGUACCAGGGCAUCACCGCGGCGACGGGCCAAGAGCUUGACGCUACGCGCAUGUUUUCUGCGCUUUCCCUAAUCACGCUGCUUGCGCAACCCUUGUUCUGGGUAUUUGAGGUGGUGCUUGAUUUGAGUGCUGCAUUUGGUGCGUUUAGUCGUAUCCAGGCCUUUCUUGUCAAGGCUGCGAGAGAGGAGUAUCGGACUGUGGAAACGGCUGAUGUGUUCGGUCCGUCUGCCGCAACUGGGGAAGAUGCUGGUCUGAUCGAGCUUCAGCCUCUGAAUUCUCCCACUGGUCAUGCUUCUUCAUCAAGUGUUGCAGCCACUUACACUACUGCUGUUGACGUUGAGGAUGCUACGUUCGCCUGGUCACCAGAGCACCAGGUCUUGAGCAACAUCAGCUUCUCUCUCAAACGCGGCCACUUUGCGCUCGUGAUCGGACCUGUGGCAUCUGGCAAGACGACUUUGCUCAAGGGACUCUUGGGAGAAGUUCCUCACUUCAGUGGGAAAGUCUUCUUGGCUAGCAGCCGUCUUUCUUGGUGUGAGCAGACUCCUUGGAUUCUGGACUUGUACGAUCAAACAAUUAGAGCGUGUGAGCUUGAAGACGAUUUUUGGCAGCUUCCUCAGGGCGACUUCACAGUCGUUGGCAGUAAGGGACUUGCUCUUAGCGGUGGUCAGAAACAGCGUGUCGCGCUGGCCAGGGCCGUGUACUCUCGGCCGCGUAUUGCCUUGUUUGAUGACAUCUUCAGUGGGCUGGAUAAUGCUACCUCACAGCGAAUCUUUAAGAACCUGUUCUCCUCUACGGGCCUGUUCAGACAAUGGGAGACCACCGUCGUUCUUGCUACACAGACUGUCGAAUUCCUUGCGUCAGCAGACCUCAUCAUAGCUUUGGGCCACGAAAAGAUCACGGAACAAGGAUCCCUCGCGCAGCUCCAAGCAACAGGCGGAUAUGUUCAAACUUUGACUGCCGACAAGCCCAUUGGUAGAACUUCUGACUCGGGUCAAGAUGAGAUCUUCUCGCAAUCCAGAGACAGUGAGCCCACACCGAAAAUGGAAUACAAGGCCAAACAAGUUGAGGUCAAGGAGGACAAGCGCAGGCAACUCGGAGACUCGACGGUCUAUAAGUAUUACUUUGGUAGCAUUGGGACGUUCUUCAUCACUACCCUGCUCGUUAUAGAGGUUGUUUGGGCUUUUCUUCAGAGCUUUCCGAAUUCGAACCGUCAAGGAGGUAACCACUCGGGAUAUUAUCUUGGUAUUUACGCUGCGUUACAGAUUAUCGGCGUGUUCUGGUUUGCUCUGCUCAUAUGGUUCGUUCUCGUCGUUGUGGCGGCAAAGUCUGGAAUUUCUCUUCACCAAAGGCUCCUAUCUGCAGUUGUCAAAUUCUCUCAAGACAUUGGUAUCCUGGACAAAAACCUCCCUCUCGCCCUCGUGGUAACAAUAGCAAGCUUCUUCGGUGUCCUCGCCAGAGCAGGCCUCCUCGCCGCCUCAUCUUACUAUGUCGCCAUCAGCUUCCCCUUCCUCGCCGCCCUGUACUACUUCCUCCAGCGUGGCUACCUCCGCACCUCGCGCCAACUCCGUCUCCUAGAUCUCGAAGAAAAAGCACCCGUGUACACGCAGUUCAUGGAGACGCUCGCGGGCAUCUCCACCAUCCGCGCGUUCGGAUGGCAGAAGCAGGCCAUUCUCAAGAACCACCAGCUCGUUGACCGGUCACAGAAGCCGUUUUACCUGCUCAUCAUGGUCCAGCGAUGGCUCGUCCUCGUCUUGGAUCUCACUACCACCGCCCUGGCUCUUCUUGUUGUCGGAUUCUCUGUCAAGCUCCGGGGUUCUGUGUCCGUGGGACUCACGGGCGUGUCACUCGUUCAGCUGAUUUCCAUGAGCGAGACGCUGAAUAUGCUCAUCCAGUUUUGGACCUCGAUCGAGACUUCCAUUGGGGCUGUCGCACGCAUCAAGCAGUUCGCUGAAGAAACUCCCAACGAGAGCCUACCAGGCGAGGAUCGAGAGGUGCCGGCUCAUUGGCCACAUCAAGGACACAUUGUCAUCCGGGAUCUGGAGGCGUCGUAUGACGAGGACGGUGGCAUCAAGGCUCUCGAUGGCGUUACCCUGGAAAUGAAGCCCGGCGAGAAAGUAGGAAUAUGUGGGCGUACAGGCAGUGGCAAGUCAUCUCUCCUAUUAGCCCUCCUUCGCCUCCUCGACCCAUCCUCCGGCACUCUCACCAUCGAUUCCAUCCAACUGAAUACCAUCUCCCGUGAAACCAUUCGCUCUCGUCUCAUCACCGUCACUCAAGACCAAUUCGUCCUCCCGGGGACCAUCCGCCAAAACAUCGAUCCCUCAGACUCGUAUCCCGAAGAAGCCAUCAUCGACGCUCUCCAUGCAGUCAAUCUCUGGGCCGCCAUCGACUCCAGGGGCGGUCUUGACGUUACCUUUGAAGAGGACAUGCUGAGCCAUGGACAGAAACAGCUGUUCUUCCUCGCGAGAGCUGUCCUGAAGAGACAUCGUGGUAAAGUCGUGCUCUUGGACGAAGCCAGCAGCAGUUUGGAUAUGGAGACCGAGCAAAUGGUCCGUAUGACAAUCAACACGCACUUCCAGUCCCAUACGGUCAUUUCCAUCGCACAUCAUUUGGAAACCAUCCUCGACUUCGAUCGCGUUGUCGUCAUGGACAAGGGCCGCGUUGUCGAGGUUGGAUCGCCGCGAGAAUUGUUGCAGUCUGCUGGCAAUGGCAAGUUCAAGGCUCUUUGGGAGGCAAAUGGCCGCGGAGGACUCAACUAG